AAGUGAGCAAUUCUUUUUAGGUCUUGCCAGGCGAUGUUGUCCUUUUUACACCAAAAGGGCCAUCUGAGCUCGCGCUGAGAGCCAUGCCAGACCUGACAACUGCCGUCUCCAAAUCUUUGAAUAAAACCACACCGGGGAUUCAAAUAUGGCGAAUAGAGAAAAUGCUGAUGGUUCCUGUGCCACAGAAAUCCUAUGGAAAUUUCUAUGAAGGCGAUUGCUACAUCCUGUUUGCUACUUUCAAAACUGGGAGUUCCUUCACUUAUAACAUCCACUUCUGGAUUGGAAAAGAUUCCUCUCAGGAUGAGCAGGGAGCAGCUGCAAUCUACACCACUCAGAUGGACGAUUACCUGGGAGGCAAGGCUGUGCAACACCGGGAGAUGCAGAGAUACGAGUCUGAGGUCUUCAAGAGUUAUUUCAAGAAGGGCUUCAUUUACAAGCAGGGAGGUGUCACUACUGGACUGAAACAUGUAGAGACCAACAGCUAUGAUGUGAAGAGGCUGCUUCAUGUGAAAGGAAGGAAGAAUGUAUACGCUGGUGAGGUUGUUAUGAGUUGGAAGAGUUUCAACACGGGCGAUGUCUUCCUGCUGGACCUGGGGAAGCUCAUUGUGCAGUGGAAUGGACCACUGAGCAACCGGAUGGAGCAAAUCAAGGCAAUGCAAUUGGCUAAAGAUAUCCGGGACCGGGAACGUGGGGGACGUGGUCAGGUUGCAGUGAUUGAUGGGAAGGAUGAGGCUGCCUCACCGCAACUGAUGAAGCUCAUGAUUUACCUGCUUGGUGAUCGGAAGGAAAUUAAACCACCGAUUCCAGAUGAAGUGGUGGAUCAACAUCAGAAAACAGCUGUCAAACUAUAUCAUGUGACUGAUUCUGAGGGAAACUUGCUGGUGCAGGAAGUGGCUACUCGACCCCUGACCCAGGAACUGCUGAGCAGUGAUGAUUGCUACAUUGUAGACCAAAGUGGAAUUAAAAUCUUUGUGUGGAAGGGCAAGAAGGCUUCCCAACAAGAGCGUCAGUCGUCUCUAACCAGAGCGAUGGGUUUCAUUAAAGCUAAAGGUUAUUGUGAGUCCGUGAACGUUGAGUUGGAAAAUGAUGGUGCGGAGUCGGCUCUAUUUAAACAGCUUUUUCAGAAGUGGACGGUGAAGCAUCAGACCAUUGGCUUGGGCAGAACUCACAGCGUUGGCAAAAUCGCCAAAGUGGAGCAGGUGAAGUUUAAUGCCAUGGCGAUGCAUGCCAAGCCUGAGGUUGCAGCCCGUGAGAUGAUGGUGGACGACGGUUCUGGUGAUGUAGAGGAGUGGGUGAUUAGGGACCUGGAGUUGGAACCUGUGGAGAAGAGAUGGCAUGGACAUUUCUACAGUGGAAAAUGCUACCUGAUUCUGUACACCUACACUGUCAGUAACAAACUUCACUACAUCCUCUACAUCUGGCAGGGUAAAUCCGCUAGUCAGAAGGACAUCACCGCCUCUGCCUACCAGGCGGUUAACUUAGACCAGCAGUACAAUGGAGAGCCUGUACAAGUCCGAGUCACCAUGGGGAAGGAACCAAAACACCUGAUGGCCAUUUUCCAAGGCAAACUUGUAGUUUUUGAGGGGGGUACCACCAAGGCGGACGAGGAGGAACCAGAGCGCCCAGUGCGUCUCUUCCAGAUUCGUGGUAAGGAUGAGUACAGCACCAAGGCCUUUGAAGUCCCAGCACGCUCCUCUUCCCUCAACUCCAAUGAUGUCUUUGUGCUGAAGACAAGUGACCGUUGCUUCCUAUGGUAUGGGAAGGGAUGCAGCGGUGACGAGAGAGAAAUCGCAAAGCAUGUGGCUAACACCAUCUCCAGGAAGGACAAGCAAAACGUGUAUGAGGGCCAGGAACCUGCUGAUUUCUGGGUCCCUCUUGGAGGGAAAGCACCAUAUGCCAACAGUAAAAGGUUACAAGAGGAGUAUCAGCCUGUUGCUCCGCGCCUGUUUGAAUGCUCCAAUCAGACUGGGCGUUUUGUUGCCAUGGAGAUUGUGGACUUCUCCCAGAAUGACCUCGAUGAUGAUGAUGUCAUGCUUUUGGACACCUGGGAACAGAUUUUCCUGUGGAUCGGUAAAGGAGCCAAUCAAAAGGAGAAGGGGGAUUCCGUUGUCACAGCGCAGGAGUACCUCAACACCCACCCAAGCAAUCGUGACCCAGACACCCCAAUUCUAAUUGUCAAGCAAGGCUUUGAACCUCCAACUUUCACUGGCUGGUUCAUGGCCUGGGACAAACAUCUGUGGAAUGAUGGAAAGUAUGAAGAGAUGAAGACUGGGUUGGAUGAUCCUCGAAUUGUUGAUGAACUGAUAGAUGACAUGAAGAAAUUCCAAAUUUCUCAUAGUUAUAACAGUGUGUCUUCAGCUAAAGAAUCCUUGAAGAUCUAUCCAGCGGAGCAACUGAUCAAUAAGCUGUCAGAGGAGCUGCCUGAAGGAGUGGACGCAACAAGGAGGGAGGAGUACCUUUCAGAUGAAGACUUCCAGAAGGUUUUAAACGUCUCCAGAAUGAAGUUCAAUGCAAUGCCAGAGUGGAAACAGAGAAACCUGAAGAAAGAAAAGGGAUUGUUUUAGACGUGUGAACUGAACUAAAUGGCUCUGAUUUAAAAAUAUAUAUAUUUAUAUAAUUUGCAUUAAUUCUGAACUAAGCUUGAUCAAGGAUGCAUCAAAAUGUCUGUUUGGGAAGAGCCAUCAACCUUGUUUAAAACAUUCCCUGCUGAACCCAUCAGUACCACUUAAAAUCUUUCGAUUGCAGCUAAAUUACUACAAAUGUUGGCCCUGAAGUAGCUUUCUAUUCCUGUUGAGAUUUGUCAACUGCAUUUCCAAAUCCAGCUACUGGAGCUAGCUACAUGGCUCUCUCUUGUGGUAUCCACUGCAGAAGCCCAGUCCUAUCAGCAGAGCACCAAACACAGCCAUCGCUUGUAGAUACAUGAAGCUAUCCCAAAAGCUGUUAUUUUCUAGGGCAGAUUUUCAAAGGUGUGUCUGCUUUUCCCAGUGCUUUAAGGGUGUAAUAGAAAUCAGCUGUAGAUUCUAAUGAAAUUUGCAUUUUUUUAUACCCUGGAUGAACUGUUAGACAUAUUAAAAUUGGAUCUCAGGCUUGACCUGAAUGUGCGUCAUUUUUGAGGUUGCCCAUUUUUAACAGGACAGUGCUGUUCAAACAGUGUUCUCUGACUUGUCAAUGUUGACAAAUUGCUACUCGCUGCUCCUUCUCUCAUAGAUUGGAGAGAAGAGAAAAAUGUUGGAAAUCUGGAAAUGACGCAAAAGUAGUAGCGCUGCCUUUCGGCUGUAAACACCGUUGUUCCUAACCGAGUCUACAAUGUACAAAGAUGGGUUCAAGUCUAAUAUCCCCAUGUAGAUCACGUCACUGACCCCACACAUACAAUACCACCAUCAAUUCUUCUCUUCCUCACCCCUUUACUUUUAUUUCUGAAGACCUGAGGUUUGUGUAUCAGGGUUGGAAUAUGUCAGUUGUUAGCAAGAGUUGGAAGUGGGGAAUAAUGUUUCACAUCUAAUUUGGGGAUGGGGUGGAGGUGAGUGGGAUGUCCCUGAAUAGCGCACUGCACAGCAUCUCCACUAGCGAUGCAUGUAUGUUAAUUCACUUCAACUACUAACUGUGUGCAUGUGAGGUGUAUUUACAUAUAAAUUGUCCACAAAUAAAAAUCUGAAAUGA